UUUGUCUCCCAGCUCUCGUUGGUUCCCUCUCCUUUCUCUGCGCUCUCCGAUUGGCUCGUGGAAGUGAGCGAGGUGGGACUUUUUUAAAAAAACUGCGAAGGGUAAUUGACGGAAGGGGGGAGAAGAAUAAAAGGGGAAGAGUCGAUCUUUACCACUUCAACGCUGUGGCCACGCACUGCAGCGGCCUGAUUGGCUGGUGGAACCGAAGCCGUAACAUCCGGGUACUGUAUCGAAGCUAGCCUGGAGUAAGGCAGAAGGAGGAGCCAAGGGAGUGACGGACCAGAGAGGGAACCGCCCAAGUCUGCCAAAAGGGUUACUGCGCCUCCUCUUCUAGCAGAAGGCUGCAGACCAUGGCGGAGCCGCAGAUAGAAGAUGAAGGCGAGGAAGCAGCGCAGGGUCAAGCCAAGCAGGAACCAGCUCACCAGGCCACAGUGGCAGCCAAGAACCUCGCUAUCUUGAAGGCCCAUUCCUUUGAUGUCACCUUUGAGGUGGGGGACGAAUAUGAGGUUAUUGAGACGAUUGGCACCGGUGCUUACGGUGUAGUGAGCUCGGCACUCCGCAAGGAUACAGGACAGCAGGUGGCGAUCAAGAAAAUCCCCAAUGCCUUUGAUGUGGUGAUGAAUGCCAAGCGCACGUUGCGUGAGCUGAAGAUCCUCAAACAUUUCAAGCAUGACAACAUCAUUGCCAUCAAGGACAUCCUUAAGCCUUCUGUGCCUUAUGCUGAAUUCAAAUCUGUGUAUGUUGUGCUGGACUUGAUGGAGAGUGACUUGCACCAGAUCAUUCAUUCAUCUCAGCCCCUCACCUUGGAGCAUGUGCGCUAUUUCCUCUAUCAGCUCCUUCGGGGCCUCAAGUAUAUCCAUUCGGCCAAUGUCAUCCACCGGGACCUUAAGCCGAGCAACCUCUUGAUCAAUGAGAACUGCGAGCUUAAGAUCGGCGACUUUGGCAUGGCCCGGGGCCUCUGCACCAAGCCCGAUGAGUAUAAGUACUUCAUGACGGAGUACGUGGCCACUCGCUGGUAUCGAGCACCUGAACUGAUGCUCUCCCUGCACGAGUACACCCAGGCCAUAGACAUGUGGUCGGUCGGAUGCAUUUUUGCCGAGAUGCUUGGGCGGAAGCAGCUCUUUCCGGGGAAGAACUACAUCCACCAGCUGCAACUGAUCAUCACAGUCCUGGGGACCCCUCCAGCCAAAGUGGUCCACUCCAUCGGGGCUGACCGGGUGCGUGCCUACAUCCAGAGCUUGCCGUCACGCCAGCCAGUGCCGUGGGAGAGCCUCUACCAGAAUGCUGACCGGAAGGCCUUGCUCUUGCUCUCCAAGAUGUUGCGUUUUGACCCCCGAGAGCGCAUAUCAGUGGUGGAGGCCCUGAAUUACCCCUUCUUGGCCAAGUAUCACGACCCAGACGAUGAGCCGGACUGUGUCCCGGCUUUCGAUUUCGACUUUGACAAACGGGUGCUCACCAAGGAGCAGAUCAAGGAAGCCAUUGUGGCUGAAAUCAAUGAUUUCCACGAGCGCAGGGAGGGCAUUCGGCGGCAGAUCAGCUUCAAGCCCGCGCUGAAGCCGGCUGUUGUUGGUGGCUGUGAGGAUGCUUCCUGCCAAACAUUGCUUCUCUGUUGCCACGAUGUUGAUAUGCCCAGUGCUGGCUCGCCUCGAGCUGGAGAUGGUGACUAUGCUAUGGCAUCCCCCAUGCCGUACUUGCUGCCGGAGACUAUCGACCUCACCUCUCCUCCUGUGGCCUCUGCAGCCGUGCAGCCUGAGGUAAAGGCUGAAGCAGAGGCUCCUGCUGCUGUACCACCCAAGCGGGAGGGGGCCAUCUCGGAUGACACCAAGGCUGCCCUCAAGGCUUUUUUUUUUAAAUCUGCUCUCCGGAAUAAGAACAAAGAUACCCCCUCCACUGUCCCGGAGGUGCCCGAUAUCCGGAGACCAAUAACGGCGAAGGAGCGGCAGCGCGAGCGAGAGGAGAAACGCAAACGCCGCCAGGAGCGUGCCAAGGAGCGUGAGAAGCAGAAGAAAGAGAAAGAGAGGGAACGGAAGGACAUGUUGACAGAGAACGACCGGAACCUUCUGGAAAGGUGGACCAAAAUGGUCGAUCGUACCCAGCACAAGCCGGUCCAGAAUGGGUCUGCGAUUCCACCGCAGGCGACUGCUGCCAGCCACAUCUUGCCUCAGGCCCCUCCCCCCAACCCCUUGCCACCUCAACUGCCCCCCGCCAGCCAUAUACCACAGACCCCUUCCAGCAACACCCCUGCGCCUUCCGAUUUCCUGUCCUUCUCAGAUGAGGGGGUGCCUGGCUUGGGCGGACCCAAGUUGACCCUCGUUCCUGUGGGUGCGGAGCUAGCCCCCGUCCAGGGCUCCAGCGCCAAUGUGGUUCACUUUUUCCCAGCGCAGACUGCCCCAUUCCUGGUCGCUGCUGCCCCAGCAUGCCAAAAAGCCGCCCCCUCCAAACCGGAGUGCCUCCUCAGCGUUAAGUACGCCCCGGGCCAGAUCUUCCAAGCUCCGUACAGCGUUGCAGCCCUGAAUGCCUGGAGUGGUGUCCCCCAGUCUGAAAACUGGGCUGUGGCCGGGCAUCUGCCGGUGACUCAGCCAGAGAUGACGCCCUCUAAUGGCACGCUGCCGGAACAAGCUGUGAGUUACGGGCCCAGGGCUGGUGCAGAGCAGCCCCUGUUUCUAGCAGACAUGGGCAAGUCUGAACUGCCACCGCCAGGCUUGGUGGGGGAAGAAGCCCGAGAAGCCCCCCAGCACCAGGCGGCCUCAGGACAGCCAUCAGAGCCUCCAGAUAUCAAUGUGGUGACGCAGCAGUUGUCUAAAUCCCAGGUGGAAGACCUCUUGCCUCCCGUCUUCUCGGGAACCCCCAAAGGCAGCGGCGCUGGAUAUGGGGUUGGUUUUGACCUGGAAGAAUUUCUGAAUCAGUCUUUCGACAUGGUUGGGGAGAACAGAGAGAGUCAAGGCGACUCUGCCCCGCUCUCGGCCUCCCUCCUCGCUGAUUGGCUAGAAGUCCAUCGCAUGAACCCUGCUGAGAUGGAGUCCCUCCAGCAAGAGCUGCAGCUGGGCUCUCCCAUGAUCCUCUCUGAUAUUCCCGACCUGCAGGAUGCGUGAAAAGCUGGCUGUCCCUUCUGCUGUCUUCCUCGCUGUUUUCUUUUCGGCUGGGUGCACCGAACACCUGAGAUCCAUUCGGGUGUUCUUAACGGCUGGUCUGUUUGCCUUCUCGACUACUCUGGCUGGGAACGUCACCACAGUGCCUGCUUUUUUUUUUUUUUUUUACAGCAAAAGCCGGAUUGAGCUGGUGUUUUGGACUAUCCACCGAUAAAGGUCUGAGGGUGUCUCUGGUACACCUGUGUCAUCCUGUGUGGGUUGUUGUAGGAUGCAUGAAUGAAAGCUGUUCAGGUAUCAACCUCGGUAAACAAUACUAAAAGGGUGGGUGUGUUACCUGUUCCCUUUGGGAGAGGUGCCAAAGGAGCUCUUUCCUGACCCUUCACUGUGUUGUCCUUAACUCGUGCCCUAAAGCGUGGAUGCCUCUCUUCUCACAAUCAGGACACUGGAAGCUGUUUUGAGGGGAGAGUGUUCGAAUCAACACAUUUUUUUUCAGUGCUACUGAUAAAGGAAGAGAAACAUGAGUGCCAAAUGCAGCUCCCUGAGAUAAAAGGCAAACCAUGUUCUAAAGGUGGUGUGGGGAUCCUUUGGCCCUCUAGGUGUCGCUGAACUACAACUCCCUUCAGCCCCAACAAGCAUUGCCAAUAGCCAGGGAUGAUGGGGGGUGUUGUGGCCAGAGGGCCAAAUGUACCCCAUACUAGUGGUCCUUGUAUGAGAGGGAGACCGUAUCGGGGUAUGUGUGUGUGACAUAAAGAAAAGCCCUGCUGGAUCAGGCCAGUGGCCCAUCUAGUCUAGCAUCCUGUUCUCACAGUGGGCAACCAGAACUCCACAAGCAGGACCUGGGUACAAGAGCAACUCUCCCACCUUUGAUUCCCACCACCUGGCAUUCAGAAAUAUACUACCUCCUACCAUGGAGGCAGAACGUUGCCACUGUGGUUAGUGUAGCCAUUGAUAGCCUUAUCCCCCAUGACAUUUCUCUAAUCCUCUUUUUAAAGCCAUCCCAAGUUGGUGGCCAUCAUUGCUACAUCUCAUGGGAGCAGCUCUAAGGCGCUACCUUAUUUUGAAGAAAGUCGGUGGUUCAUUCUGCCCACUGUUGUGUAUUCUGACUUAGAUGCAGCUCCUGAGAUCUUGGGUAGAGGCUUUUACAUAAUUCCUUACACUGGAAAUGCCAGGGGUUGAACACGAGACCUUCUUCAACCUGGGGUGGGGAAUCGGUGGCCCUUCAGAUGUUGCUGGACGCCAACUCCCAUCAUCCCUGGCCAUUGGCCAUGCUUGCUGGGGCUGACGGGAGUUGGACGUCCCCUAUCGGGUUCCCCAUCCCUGUGCCAUAGCAUUUGCUUUGCCAAGGAGCUUUGCACCACUUCCCAGCCUGUUUAACUUUCUUCUCUAGUGGCUCUCUCCUUCUGGGACCAGUGGAGGCCUCGUGCCAGCCUUCCUGGUUGUCGCCUUAGGCGAGGCCACUUUUCCGGGUCUCUGAAAUGCUUGCUUUCCUGUGGGUGGCUGUGCUUCUUUGGAGGGCUGGUCUAUGUGCCAUGGCUGCCACACAAAGGUGGCUCGGGACAGCACCCGUUUCGCCACCUCUCCAUGUGAUUCCCUUUCUAGAGGGGACAGUUUGGGACAUGGAAAACUGUCCUAUACGGUAUGAAUACUGAUCCAGCCAGCCCAGUAUUGUCAGCAACUGUCCAGGGUUUCAGGUAGGGGGACUCAGCCCUCUCUGGAGAUUCUGGGACCUUCUCCAUGCAAAGGUGACUCACAUGGUCAGCUACUCCAGUGUGUGUGCGCGUCACAUAUGAAAAUGGUUUUGAGUGGCUUCCAGUUGGUUCUAACGGGGUAAGUGAGCCCUUGGUUAAAUAGGGCCAGCAAUGAAGGAUGCCUCUUAAGCUGCCAUCUUGCAACCCACCCGCCGUGUGGCACCCGAUUCUCUCUACUGAGGAGCCCGACAGUUCCCUUGCUUAAGAGCUGCUCUUUCAUGUAAAGAAUCUCCAGACUUGGAGGGACUUGGCAUAGCUGAAAAUGUAAGGUGGUGAUAGACCCAUUUUUACUAGGAUGAGGGUACCCCAAAUUUCCAGGAGCGCCUUUGCAAGCCUUGCAUACGUCAGUCCCCGAGAUCUUGUUUACAUAGAGAUCCAGAAGAUGUUAUUUGUUUUUAACACACACGCAGAGAUGAAAAUUCCAGUGUUGGGGGUCAUGGUGGCGGUGGGAAUCUUGUUUUUCUUUCCUGUGGAAUUGUGAAUUUUGCAUUGGAGAGGAAAGGUUACGUCUUCGUUCACAGUGGUCCACUAGUAAAACUCUUUGCUGCCCAGGAUUGUAGGGGAACAAUAACUAGGGCCUUGUUGACUUGAACUAAAAUUAUUUUGGGUUCAUGUAUUCCUGUUACAUUGAGAGUAGCCAUGGAUGUCUUUUUGCAGUCCUGGUUUGUCAAGUGUUAACUCUUCAGUUGCCUCUCCCUACAGAGAGAGUAGUAUUGGGUUUUUGCAUAGAUUUGUGGGAUGGUAUUUGGAUGCUUUUGGUGCUGGGAUAGCUGAAUGGAAAUACGAAACUCACCUCUGAAGAUCCAGAGGUCAGAAUUGAAAUGGAUUCUUGGGUGGGUGUAUUUUUUAAAAAACCUUUCUGUGCACAAUUUCUUUUGUCCCAAGCUUUGAGCGCUCCUGGCUCUGGUGUUGGAGGGUGUGUGUGUACGGUGCAUUUUCUCCCAAAUGAUGGUGGUGUCUUUUGAUGAUUUUUGUCAUUAAACUUUCUGUUAAAAUGGUGAUUUGUUAAAAAGCUAGAGCAAUGUAGUGCUCGUAUCGUGCUUCCCACAUUUCCUGUAGGGUUUGGGACUGGGUGGAUGACAAGAACACAGAAAGAGCCCUGCUGAAUCACACCAAUGGUCCAUCUAGUCCAGCAUCCUGUUCUCAAAGUGGCCAACCAGAUGCCCAUGGGUAACCCAAAAACAGGACCCGAAUGCACAGCUUGCUCCAUAACUUACUUUCUAGGAGAGCUAGAGACUUACUUUUUUAAAAAAAUGAAAGCUCAAAGUCUCCCCCCUUGUGAAACGUAGCAACUGGCAUUCAGAGGCUUCCAUGUGGGCUAGUUUCUCCUGGAAAAAUGAUGUUUGGACCAUAGGUCUUCCGUUGCCUAAACUGAAUGUUUGGUAAACAUUCCAGAUGCAGAGCACUGAGAUUCUCUAGCUUGGGGUGGAGAACCUGUAGCCCUUCAGAUAUUAGAGUCCAACUCUCAUCAGCCCCAGCCAGCAUGGACAGUGGUGGUUGGUUGUGAUGGAAGGCGUAGUCAAGCAACAUCUGGAGGGCUGCAGGUCCCCCAUCCUCUACUCUCUGUGACUCAAGAUGACUCUCUAAGACUACAUGGGCAUUAAAGCCUUGCCCACUGCUACUUCUACAUGGAUGAACUGCUUUGAGCCUGGCAUGGAAGUGAUUGGCCUGUGUGUUAAUUCAGAUCCUAACAUAGACCGCAGUUGGCUAUCUGCAAGUGUUGUCAACCUUUUUGGACCAGAGGGCACAUCUCAAAUUUUGAGAGAGUUCUGGGGGUGCCAGUCACAGAAUGGUUGCCAUGGGGGGCAGGGCAUAACACAAAAUUAGAAAGUAGUCAUGGUGAAGCUUUCCCCAUAAUUGUAUUUCCAUACUCGAAAAGGCUUGGGCAGUUGACUUUCUGUCUGCCAUACAACUGUUAAAGGCACAAUAACCUUGUUUUUCUUCAAUGCCAAACCUAAACCAAAGAUUAAGUUGCCAAACAACUCGCUUAUCAGUCACAGCUUUGACUUCACUCAUUGGCUAAUAACCCUUAGAGGCAGGAGGAGCCAGGCUGGCUCAUUUCACCUACAUUGCUUAGAAGGGUACCUGCACAUUUUGCUCCAUAACUUUCUUUCUAGGAGAGCCAGAGACUUUAAAAAAAAAAUGAAAAAAAUUAUGGGCUCCCUGCUGGGGGCACCACUAAAGGCCUUUGCAAGUGCCAUGGCACCUGUGGGGGAUGAGUCGGUGACCCUUGGGCCGCUGCGGUGUGGGCGCUUAGGUCCAGAUAAGGUCAAAACAAUUCAUACACCAGCUGCACAUUAUGGGUGGAAGGUGCAUGCAUAUGGGAGUUUGCAAAUCAAUUGGGAGAUGCUUGCCCAGGUGGAGCUGGUGAAAUUUCACUGAGAUCAAUGAGGCCUGAAUGACAGUCACCACAUGCUGAAGCUGGGCUUGGGUGAAGAGGCCUGUCGGGAGCAAUGGAUAUGGCUGCAAUGAUGCAAAGUUUAUAGGCCUACAGUCAGACCUUUUAAAUGCUCCUGCUUUGCAAAUGGGGGGAGCUGGUGGCUUGCUCUAGAACUUUCUAGUCUGAACUGUAUUGGGACUGGUCUGUUUUAAUUGCUUUGCUCUUUUUCAACAGCGAAGUUAUGUCUCAGGAACCUGAACAUACGCACUUGCAUAUUCUUGCAAAUCCAUGUGAUUUUUUUUUUUUAAAUUAGGCACUAAGGCUUCCGUUGUGCAACACUGAAUGCCCAGAUGAUUGCAACUGAAAAAAGAUGUGUUUGGAAUGCAGUCAGAUUCCUCAGUGGUGCAGUAGCAAAUGGAUCUAGAUCUUCGGCAAUUUCUUGCCAAAUUUGUACGAAUACAUCAGUUUGGAUUCUUGUUCAAACUCAUUGCCAGGAGUCAGGUUAUAAAGAGAGAAGCAGGCAGGAAAAACCUGAUUUGUCUUGUGCGGCUGAUCUUUAUGAUCCUUGCAUUCCUGGUAAGUUGAGUUCCUGUUCUACCUGAGGUGCUGUGAAAAGGAGCUGAUUCUUCACAGCAUGAGGUGAUCCGGUGUGUGAUGAGAAGGAACCGGAGGACACCUGAACUGGAAGCCUGGCCUUGGUGAAUGAAAAGCAAAUGCUUUUGAGUGAAAGACAUCAUUUUGAGGCUUGGAAUCUUCUGUGCGCCACCUCUGUGGCUCUGAUACGGGCUUUCUUGAACACUUUUGAGUCUCAGUCCUUGCCAGAAACUUACUUCCACUUUUGCCUUAUCUUGAGAAGCAAAUGGGAAAAAAAUUAGUAACCGGGAUCUGAAAAACAGUGAUAAAUCUGUUUUUCUUCUUAGUAAGAUAAGGUUCUCGUGUGAUUUUAUUUAGACAAGACUCUCAUUUCUUAUUACGAUGGAGCAGGAAAAUAUAUUAAUGUGCAGUAAUGAAAACUGGAUUUCUUGGUUCUGCUGAACCACCCAUAGGUUUUAUAGCUAGCGGUUGAAACUGAGUGAUGAGUAGAGAUGAAAUGCUUGCUGGUGUUUUGGGUUUUGCCUUUUCCUUCCUGUUCCCACCAGGUUUUUGUUCUCCAAAUCUUUUGGAGAGAAGCUUUAAAUAAAUAGUGGAUUCAUCCCAACGUCAAUAGAAAGUCGGCAUCAGGCAAGGGAACUUCCUGCUGUUUUUGUUGCUGAUUCCUUUCAUCCCAGUGGAGGAGGAAUGUUUCAGUACCGGAUAUUUCAUUUAAAUAUGGUUGGGCUGAUUUGCUCUUAAAGCGCUUCGCCCCAGAGGUCAUUGCAUUUAGCCUUGUAAUGUUUUGUUUUGCCAAGGAACUCACAAACGGUUACCCAGCUGCAGCCAGGGUGUGCCAGGGUUGCCCAACUGAAGCAAUGAAUAUGGGGCAGGAGAUUAAAAAACAAACUUCCACUGAAGCAGAGCUUGGAAAAGUUACUUUUUUGAACUACAACUCCCAUCAGCCCCAGCCAGCAUGGCCACUGGAUUGGGCUGAUGGGAGUUGUAGUUCAAAAAAAGUAAGUUUUCCAAGCUCUGCGCCAAAUGAAAGAUGAAGCAGUUGUGUGGAGAUCCUUCCACACACUCUAAUGUAUUGGAUUUCCCUUCUGCUCUGGGACAGGGGGAGAACGGGCCUGAGUCAGAGAGCACUGCUCGGAGCCAGAGGGCCCUUUGCUCUACUUCCGGUGUGGCUGAGUCACCUCCUGAAUCAACGUUUAUACCUAGAGGGGUCUGGUGAGUGGAAUCUUUUAAAAACUGCAGUGGCAGAGAGGAUGAAAAGCGUACACUUGUCCAUAAGAGAGACAUGGAGCGUGUGGCAUUAAUAAGUCUUCCCACUCAGGCGAGGCACAAUUAGUCAUUUAAAAAUUUAAAGCCAGAAUAUCUUCCUUCCUUGCCCAGAAUUGAGGUGAGAAUCCAGGGGACAGAGCAUGCCUUUUCCUCCCUACUAAGUAAGUUCCCCAAUUUGAACUUCUGUACAAUGAGAUUCUUUUGAAAACUAUUUCAUCCCUUUUCCUCCUUAUGGAACGUCUUGGUUGAAGGAGUUUCAAGAGGAAAAGAAUGGAAUGUGCUACAAAGCAUGGAAGGGCAGCCUUCAUACCAUUUUUUAAACGAGAAAGGCUUAAGAUUUUUUUGAAUAAUAAAAAGAUUCUCCCAGUUAAUAUUGUGUGGUGGUUAGAGUGAUGGAUUAUGGCCUGGACAACCAGGGUUCAAAUCCUCACUCAGCCAUGAAGCUCACUGGGUAACCUUGGGCCAGUCACUGCCUCUCAGCCUAACCUACCUCACAGGGUUGUUGUGGGGAUUAAAAGAAGAGGGGAGAACAAUGUACGCCACCUUGAACUCCUUGGAGAAAAAAUGUGAUA